AAUAUGAAAUAAUAAACAGUAAUAGUACUGAUGUUGAUGGAUGAACUUUUUGAAUAUUUAUUUUUCCCCGCCAAUUGUAUACUAGUAUAAGUAGGGCCCUAUAAAGAUCUCUACAGUGCCUUAGUAUAAGGUCUAUAUAGUUAAUAUCUAAUUGACAAGAUGCCCCGUAAUCGUGUGAAAGCCACAAAUAGAGGUACUACAUCAGAGAGCACAAUGCAAAAAGCAGCAUUACUAUGUUUGGAUGAGCAUAUGUCUGAACGAUCUGUAGCUAAGCAAUUUAAUAUUUGUCAUGUGAGUUUAAACAGGUACAUAAAAAAAUUUAAACUCCACAGGGAAACAGGUGGUUGUCUACCGGCAAUCGGUUACCGAUCGCAUAAUAAAAUAUUUGAUGACUUUCAAGAAAAACAAUUUGCAGAAUACGUAAAAAUUUCUGCUGAUAUGUAUUUUGGUUUAAAUUUGAAAAAUAUUCGAAAACUUGCUUAUGAAUUUGCAGUCAAACUUGAUUUAACAAUAACAAAAAAUUGGAAACAUAAUAAUGAAGCAGGUCCUGAUUGGAUUAGAGACUUUUUAAAUAGAAAUCCAUCACUAUCCAAUUGUCUCCCAAAAACAAACAAUAUAUCCAGGACAGUUAAUUUCAAACCAGCAAAUGUGAAACAUUUUAUGGAUAAAUAUGAAUCAAUUUUAUUAAAGUACAAAUUGCAAGCGCAUGAUAUUUACAAUUUAGAUGAAAUGAGGGUUACAUUUGUCCAAAGGACAAAAAAAAUAGUUGCAUCACAAGGUAACAAACAUAUUAGAGUGCGUGGUAAAGAUAUAGUUACCAUGUGUUUAGCUAUAAAUGCUACAGGUAAUCUUAUUCCUCCCAUGUAUAUAUUUUCUAAAGCUGCUAAUAAUUUUAACUUUAUACAAGGAGUCGAUUUUUUGAAGGUUUUGAAACAAUUUGCCAAUUAUGUCACACCUUCAGUUGACAAAAAAGUUCUUAUUCUACUAGACAGCCAUGAAUCUCAUUUAUAUUUACCAGUGAUUGAUUUUUGCAAGGAAUCUGGAAUUUUACUAUUAUCAUUUCCACCUCACUAUUCUCAUAAACUCCAGCCAUUGAACAGGUCUAUAUAUAAACCAUUUAAACAAUUUUUGAAUCAAUAUAUGUCAGACUGGGUAGAAAAUAAUCCAGGAAAAAAAUUAGGAUCAUACAUUGUGCCUUCAGUGUCAACUAGUGCAUUAAUUAAUGCUGCUACACCUAGAAAUAUUAUUGACGGAUUUUCUAUGUCAGGAAUUUGGCCUUUAAACCGAGAAGCAUUUACUAAGGAUACAUCAUUUACACCAGCAGUUACAGCAGAUAUCAACAAUAUGGUAAUAGAUAAUGUUGACGAAGCACCAAUAAAUUAUGUAACUAAAGAGACAGAAUAUAAUGUCAGUGAAGAACCAAUAAAUUAUAUAAUUACAGAAUCAAAAAAUAACAACAUUGAAGAACCAAUAAAUUAUGUAACUAAAGAGACAAAAUAUAAUAUCAGUGAAGAACCAAUAAAUUAUAUAAUUACAGAAUCAAAAAAUAACAACAUUGAAGAACCAAUAAAUUAUGUAACUAAAGAGACAAAUUAUAAUAUCAGUGAAGAACCAAUAAAUUAUAUAAUUACAGAAUCAAAAAAUAACAACAUUGAAGAACCAAUAAAUUAUGUAACUAAAGAGACAAAAAAUACUAUCAUUGAAGAACCAAUAAAUUAUGUAAUUAAAGAAAUAAAAAACAAUAUUAUUAAAGAACCAAAGAAUCAUAUUUUCAUUACUCCUCAUAUUUUAAGACCAGCAAGAAAUUCAACUCAUCCAUCUACUCCCACUAAUGACCUACAACCAUCAACUUCAAUUAUAUCACCAGAAUAUAUUAAACCAUAUCUAAAACCAGUAUUACAAGAUAAAAAAAUGAUAAAUAAAGAGAAGACUACUAUAUUUACUUAUACACCAGAAAAAUUAGAAAUCGAAAAUGUAACAAAAAAUAAUGCUAAAAGAAACAUAGUUUUUAAAACUAAGAAGAAUAAAAAACUUAAAAGUUAAGAAACCAGAUAAAAUAAAAAACAAGAAUAAGUGAUAUAUACUCAAUAAAUUGUUAUAUAAAUACUAGAAACAAGUCUUUUAAAACCA